AUGGCAUCUUCUCCAGCUCCCAAAGCGCACAUCGCGCACACUCUCCUCUCCCGCGCCCACUCCCCCGACAGUGCAACCCAACAAUUCACCGAGCGCGUCAAACAAAAACCACUCUUCCUCCGCGCCACCUCUCCUUCAGCCUCAGACAAUCGAUCGCGCAGACGUCUUGAACGCCUCCGCAAGAAAGAGUACUUCAUCCGGCAUCAAAAACCGCGACCUCUUUCCGCGCGCGAGAAGCGGAAUUCCGGCCUCUACGAUCUCCCAAAGGAAGAAUGUAAAUACGCUAUCUUCAAUGGCCUACACGAGCUGUGGGUGGGGUAUAUGCAGGAUGUCCUGGAUUUAAAGUCGCCUACACAUGCCGUGCAUAUUACGCCGACCUCUCAUGGCAGCAAGCUUGCCAGUGCCGAUUACCAUGGGGCUGAGGUUGAGGUUGUACGGAGUCGAUGCGCUGGACGGGUCGGGGUUAAAGGGAUCGUGGUGCGGGAUACCAAGUUUACAUUUAUUGUUGUUACUCCGCGGGACGAAAUGAAAACUAUACCGAAGGAACACACAGUCUUCCGCUUUACGGUUCCUCUACCGAAACAUCCAGGGAGCGCUGAGAAGCAGCAGGACGAGUCAAGUGGGCAGGAUAAACCUUUGGUUUUCGAGCUGCAUGGAAGCCAGUUUGAGAAUAAGCCUGUGGACAGGGCUAAUAAGAAGUUUAAGUGGAGGAAUAUUGAUUAUGUUUGA